GUUUAGAUGUGCAAGGUGGUGGACUAAGGAAAGUCGUGUGAAGAAAGAACGUUGAGAAUCGUGAAAAAAUUGUUUCGAGUGCUGCUGCUGAAAUUUUCAAUAGAAUUUUUUGCAUAAUGUGUGGAGGCAAAGUUAGAAAAAAUAUCAAAAAAGUUCAGGGCUUGUGCUAAAUAAUAUUAUGUGUAUGAACUCGAAUUGUAAAAAUAGUUGAACUAUCACAAAUCAGUUCUCGAAAUUAGCAAAGCACAUUUUUACGUCUUCAAUCGGUUGGUAUGUUCGUGUGUUAAAAUCAAAGGAGCCCCACUCGGAAGCAGCAGCAGCCAAAUUAUUAAAACGGGAAUAAAAAAAAACUGCAGUUGUAGAUCAUCAGCAGAGGUCAAUAAUACAAGUUAUAAAUCGCGAAAGUUGAACUUUUAUUGUGUUCCGUUUCAUUGCUACCUGCCAUUUAAGGGGGAAAACGCUAGACAUAUAUUCCCUUCACAAAUCAAAUUCACAGUUACGAGCGAUGCUCAAGUGUGCCAGCUUAUUCCCAGUAUAAACAAACAACCGAUUCUCAAAGCAUUUUUACUUAUAAUAAAAUGAGUAAACACAGUUGAGUGAAAAAUUGAAAAAAAUAUUACUACAUAUACAUAACUAUAUAAAUACCUACAUUUAUAUAUUAAUAUAUCAAUAUAUAUAAUGCAUAUUGUGCCUGAGAUUGUGUUCUAGAUUACUGCAAAUCCAAAAACGAAGUUUGUAGUUCAUCAUAAACUUCAAAGUGUCUGUUAAGUGAGGUUAAUAUAAAUGUGAGAAUAUUCAGUUCUUCAUAAAUACGUCACCACAAAUUGUAAUACAUACAAGAUUUUGUGUACUACGAACAGGCAGCUAAACAAUAAACUAAAAAAAAAUACAUUUUAUUGAAUUAAGAGAAUUAAACGAAUUCCAACAUUUAAGUGAUAGUAAGAAGGCUGAAAUAUUUAUUUAGCAAUAAAAGCAAAUGUGCUGAAGUAAAAUCGAUAAUAUUAAACAAUUAAAAAAGCAAGUUAGAACUGCGGUAUUUAUAAUAAUUACAACUCAAUACGAAAAAGACUCAUUUUAACGUUUAGUAAAUAUAAAGUUACAAAUCGUACUAAAAAUAAUUUCGAAAAAUGUAUCCACACGGACAGCAAUCUCAAUGGACACCUUCGCCCCCGCGGCCUCAGAGCCCCACUCAAUCGCAGACCAGUUUCGAAAACCUCACAUCGCCACCAGCUACCGGUUCAUCAGUGAAUCCCACCGCCGUGACCAGCCCGAGUGCGCAAAAUGUGGCCGUUGGAGGCGCAACUGUGGGUGGCGCUGGUGCCGCUGGUCUGGCUACACAAGCCUCCGCAGUCGCCUCGCCAUUGGGUGCGACAGCUGCCGCUUCGCCCACCACGCAACCUGAACUGCCAGUAUUCACGUGUCCGCGCAGGCCAAAUUUGGGACGUGAAGGCCGACCCAUAGUUUUACGCGCCAAUCACUUUCAGGUGUCUAUGCCGCGCGGUUAUGUACAUCACUACGAUAUCAAUAUACAGCCGGACAAGUGUCCGCGCAAAGUGAAUCGCGAAAUCAUAGAGACUAUGGUACAUGCAUACAGCAAAAUAUUCGGUGUUCUAAAGCCAGUAUUUGAUGGACGUAAUAAUUUAUAUACGCGUGACCCGCUUCCCAUCGGUAACGAUCGCUUGGAAUUGGAAGUAACACUACCAGGCGAAGGGAAAGAUCGUAUAUUCCGCGUGACGAUUAAAUGGAUGGCUCAAGUGUCGCUUUUUAAUUUAGAGGAAGCUUUAGAGGGACGUACACGCCAGAUACCAUAUGAUGCAAUACUUGCAUUAGAUGUUGUCAUGAGACAUUUGCCGAGUAUGACCUACACUCCUGUAGGUCGGAGCUUCUUUAGCUCGCCCGAUGGUUACUAUCAUCCCUUGGGUGGUGGCCGUGAAGUUUGGUUUGGUUUUCAUCAAAGUGUGCGUCCUUCCCAAUGGAAAAUGAUGUUAAAUAUUGACGUUUCGGCAACGGCAUUUUAUAAAGCGCAGCCCGUAAUAGAUUUUAUGUGCGAGGUACUCGACAUACGAGAUAUUAACGAGCAAAGAAAACCGCUGACCGAUUCACAGCGCGUGAAAUUUACAAAAGAAAUCAAAGGUCUUAAGAUUGAAAUUACCCAUUGUGGUGCCAUGCGUCGCAAAUAUCGUGUAUGCAAUGUUACACGUCGUCCAGCACAAAUGCAAUCGUUCCCCCUUCAGCUAGAAAAUGGUCAAACUGUUGAGUGUACUGUAGCAAAGUACUUCUUGGAUAAGUAUCGUAUGAAAUUGCGUUAUCCACAUUUGCCAUGUCUUCAGGUAGGACAGGAACAUAAGCAUACAUAUUUACCCUUGGAAGUUUGUAAUAUUGUCGCCGGUCAACGUUGCAUAAAAAAACUCACCGAUAUGCAAACGUCGACAAUGAUUAAAGCUACAGCACGUUCGGCUCCCGAUCGUGAACGUGAAAUCAAUAAUUUAGUUAAAAGAGCCGACUUCAAUAACGAUUCAUAUGUUCAGGAAUUCGGCCUGACCAUUUCGAACUCUAUGAUGGAAGUACGUGGGCGUGUGCUACCACCGCCAAAACUACAAUACGGCGGACGUGUAUCAAGUAUGACUGGACAGCAACUUUUCCCACCCCAAAAUAAGGUCAGCUUGGCUUCACCCAAUCAAGGUGUCUGGGAUAUGCGCGGUAAACAAUUUUUCACCGGCGUGGAAAUUCGUGUUUGGGCUAUCGCCUGUUUUGCACCACAAAGAACCGUGCGUGAAGAUGCUUUGCGAAAUUUUACUCAACAAUUGCAGAAAAUUUCCAACGACGCUGGUAUGCCCAUAAUCGGACAGCCGUGCUUCUGCAAAUACGCCACCGGUCCGGAUCAAGUUGAGCCCAUGUUUAGAUAUUUGAAGAAUUCGUUCAAUGCUCUGCAGUUGGUGGUUGUUGUGCUACCUGGAAAAACACCUGUUUAUGCUGAGGUAAAACGCGUUGGUGACACAGUAUUGGGCAUGGCAACACAGUGUGUUCAGGCUAAGAAUGUUAAUAAAACAUCACCGCAAACUUUGUCAAAUCUUUGCCUCAAGAUUAAUGUGAAAUUGGGUGGCAUCAAUUCCAUAUUGGUACCGUCGAUCCGCCCGAAGGUUUUCAAUGAACCAGUUAUCUUCCUGGGCGCAGAUGUCACCCAUCCUCCAGCCGGUGAUAAUAAGAAACCUUCGAUUGCCGCAGUUGUUGGCUCUAUGGAUGCGCAUCCAUCACGCUAUGCCGCUACAGUACGCGUGCAACAGCAUCGUCAGGAGAUUAUACAAGAACUCAGUAGCAUGGUGCGCGAAUUGUUGAUUAUGUUUUACAAAUCCACUGGCGGUUAUAAGCCCCAUCGCAUUAUAUUAUAUCGUGACGGUGUUUCGGAGGGUCAAUUCCCGCACGUCUUGCAACAUGAGUUAACCGCCAUUCGCGAGGCGUGCAUUAAACUGGAAGCAGAAUAUCGCCCAGGCAUUACAUUUAUUGUGGUUCAAAAGCGACAUCAUACGCGUCUCUUUUGCGCAGAGAAAAAAGAACAGAGCGGCAAGUCUGGCAACAUACCGGCUGGCACAACAGUGGAUGUCGGUAUAACGCACCCGACCGAAUUCGAUUUUUAUCUUUGCAGUCAUCAAGGCAUACAAGGAACAAGCCGACCUUCGCAUUAUCACGUAUUGUGGGAUGACAAUCAUUUUGAUUCCGAUGAACUCCAAUGUUUGACAUAUCAACUGUGUCACACUUAUGUAAGGUGUACACGCUCCGUGUCGAUACCAGCACCCGCCUACUAUGCCCAUUUAGUAGCUUUCAGAGCUAGAUACCAUCUAGUUGAGAAGGAACACGAUUCAGGCGAAGGAUCUCAUCAAAGCGGUUGCUCUGAAGACCGCACACCUGGCGCAAUGGCACGUGCUAUAACGGUGCAUGCCGACACGAAAAAGGUCAUGUACUUUGCUUAA